CCUCUCCUUCUUCUUCUUCUUCUUCUUCAAAUUUCAUUUGUGCACCAUUCAUUUUCUGAGUUUUGCGAUUAACGUUAAUUCGUAAGUUUGUUUUGUAUUAAUUUUUAUUAUGAUUUGUGAUUUUUAUGGUAAUAACUUAAUUACGGUUUUAUUGCAGAUGGCAUGGAUGGCACGAGAAGAGUUGAUCGUAUAGUGUAUCGAUAUCCAAACAGACAUGGCGGGUCGUUGUGGAAUAAGGAAUUUCUCAUUACCACUCAGGCGGACGUUGAUGCCAUGCUCCAAUUUUUUAUGACCAACAACAUUAAACAGGCAGAGAUGUUCGUUUAUACCGAGGCAGUCGAAGGCGGUGGAGAUCAUUCUGGAGAUGGCCAAACUUAUGAUAUCCACGGUGGGAGUGGAUUAUACGAAUAUAAUCCCCACCAGGAGUACCAAGACCCUCAUUCAUACCAGGAGUAUCAUGAUGGAGGUGGAGGUCAUCAUCAAUCAUUCUCAUCAUAUGAAGAAAAAGCCCAACGGUACCAUGGAAACCAACAAGAAGGCUACCAGUACCAACCCGAGUACAACUUCUACCAAGGCGGUAGUAGUUACCACAACUACCCUUACGGAGCUGAUGAAGGUGCAUUUCAUGAUCUGGAUCAGAUGGAAGAUGUCCUCCCAAUUCCAGUUAGUGACCCUGAGGAUGGCAAUGUUAGUGCAGACAGUUUCGAUCCUCUUGAAGGUGCUGAUGAUUCUGGCCCAGAUUCAGACGCAGAUGGUGCUGAGGUGUCUCGUGACCGUGUACCUAUCACGUACUACAAUCACAUUCCAAAUGAAGAUUUGUAUGUUGAUGCCGACAUGGAGCCACUAGAGGUGCCAGUAUGGGGUCCGCUCACUGAGUUUACGAAGGGCCAACAAUUUGGAACGAAGAAUGAGGUGCGGCACGCUAUUGCCACUGAAGCAAUCACUCGGAGUUUUGAAUGACACACAACCCAUUUCGACACGAAGAGGCUCAUGGUUAGAUGCCAAAAUCAUCACGAGGGAUGCAAGGCUAAGGUCCGGGCCAUCAAGAGCAAGAGAGUCAACCAUUGGGUCAUAUCCCAUGCGGUGAACACUCACACAUGUGUGUCAUCCAUAACAUUCCAAGGCCAUCAACAGUUGAAAUCCAGGGUGGUUGUCUAUCAAACAUCUAAUUGAGCAAGAGCCCGAUCGGAAGAUUAAAACCAUCAUCGCUGACAUUUCUAAUCGUUAUGGAUAUAUUAUUAACUACAAGAAGGCGUGGCAUGGAAAACAUAAAGCAAUGACCGCCGUGUUUGGUGACUGGGCAGAAUCAUAUGCAUUCCUUCCCUGAUUGAUUUUGGCAUUGGAGGUGUCUAACCUUGGCACUGUUUUCUCGCUACCGAGAUGAAGAAAUCCUGCCAUCGGAGCCAGGUAACAAAUGCCAUUUCAAGCGUCUUUUCUCGUCAUUCAAGCCAUCUAUUGAUGGUUUUCCAUUCUGUAUUCCUGUGAUUCAAGUGGAUCGAACAUUCCUUACCAGCAAGUACAAGGGGUACUCUACUCAUCGCCAGCGGAGCAGAUGCAAACAUAUGUGUCUUUCCAUUAGCCUUUGCCAUUGUUGAGGGUGAGAAUAUCGACAACUAUGGAUGGUUCUUCAUAAAAAUUAAACUCCACAUCACUAGGCGGACGAACCUAACAAUCAUCUAUGAUCACCACGUCGGGAUUAGAGCUGCCAUCUUAGGCUUAGAUCCAGCCUGGAAGUGGUCACAGAGAUUGUGCAUACGGCACUUCAAGAGCAACUGGGACCAUCAUUUCAAGAGGAGGAAGCUUACUGGUAGUCUAUGGUGGACCGGUAAGCAUUCUAUUUCAUUGGUGAAGUAUUUUUCUUCACACUACUUUAGACUCUUUAUAAAGAGAUGCAUGCCUAAGGAGAAGAGGUUUAAGCGAUCAUGUGGUCUUCCCAUCUCCUAGAAAAAUCGGGUAUUAAGAGAUCCUCAGAUCCCCCCUUUUUCUGUCAAAAAGGUUGUGUUUCUAAGGAGAUGUAUACCUCUCCUAAGAGUCUAACGAGUGUACUUGUAUUGCUUUAUUAUUGAAAACGCUUAAUACGGCUAAAGACUUACCUUACGCUUCUUUUUUUAUAUUCAUCAGCUAUAGCCUACCAGGAGAAAAAAUUCAAAGACAAGCUGCAGAAGAUCCGUGAUCUAAGUCCUAAAGGUGUGUUGUGGUUGGAUCAACAUGACCUAGUCAUGUAGACUUUUCAUAAAGACGGAGGAACCAGGUGGGGUAUUGCCACAACAAACUCAAGUGAGAGUAUCAACAAUGUCUACAAGGGAGUUCAUGCACUGCCAAUCUCUAACAUUGUGGAGAUGACUUUUUGGAAAACGAACCAUUGGUUCGUCAAUCGACUCCAUUGGGAUGAAAAGAGCGAGGCACAUGGUAAGGUGCACUCUGAUAAAGCACAAAAAUUAUGGAAGAGGAUAACAAGAAGAGCUCUCGGCACACUGUAACCGUUAUGAAUCACAAUGCUGAUGAGUUUUCAAUCGAGACUGGGCACUGGGAGGAUGGGAGACGUGGGGGGGAAUCACCAUAACGUUAAGAUCAACUUCAGGACAAAACAAGGAGAUUGCUCUUGCAAGAACUAUCAGGGGAGAGUUUUCCCUUGUUCUCAUGAAAUGGUCGUAAUCAAGCAUAGGAGCAAAGACCCCCGUUACUUCGUUAGUCCAUACUUUAACAUCGAUUCACUCAAAAGCUCGUAUGGAAGGAGUUUCUGUGCUUUGCCGGAUGAAGCUUACUGUCCAGUGUAUGAAGAAAAGGUCAUAAUCCCACCAAUCGGACUACUGCGUGAGACAGGUUAGCCUAGGGUAACGGGGAUUCCCAACGAGAUGGAUCAAAUAUUCAGACCACCGCGAGGGCCACGUCGGUGUUCCAUCUGCAAAGUUCUAGGGCAUGAUAAACGAAAAUGUUAGGA